GAAAACACAAGCAGUAACAGACUGAGGAACUGUUAUAUUAGGACAAAUACUAACGACAGGCCACUGAAAAGAGAGAAAAAUAGGGAAAUUUAUAAACAUCCUUCCAAGUCAGAAGGGUGGGACAGUCAAAUAUAUGCACGCUUCUACUCAAAGAGCUCUACAACAGCACACACCUCACACCUGAGCUGCAGGAGAUGGGUAUUUUUACAGCAGCUGCUCCUGAAUGUUUGGAUCCUGGGGUCAAGCCCCUUAUUUUCUUGCAGAUCACCACAAUGGACAAAGGAGUGAACAAACACAGCCAUAUCACCGCAUUUUAUCACUUCAAAGGUUAUAUGUGGAUCACAGUCUGGAACUGCUGUUUUACAGGAAGGGAAGCCUUAAUGGGGGAGUGGGGAUGGCCAGGGUUUCAUGCUCCCUCACAUGCAGAAGAGCAGGAAGCACCUCACAAACAACCAAAGUCCUUUUGGGGGUACCUAGCACAAUGCUCUAUGGGGAAACUCAACAUCCCAACUUAUUCCCAUUCAUUCCCUUGUACUUUUGUACAGCCAUCAGAGCAAAACAGGCUUAAGCGAACAUGGCUGUGAAGGGCUGGAUUAGAUGAUUUUAAAUGUCUUUUCCAAUGAUUUUAUAAGUACUUUCAGACACAAUGUCCUGCUCUCUAAACUGCAGCCCUGCAGGUGUGUGCUGAGGACGCAUCCAAUCCCAGCUGCAGCAGCAAACCCUCAAAGGGGGAAAGAAAAAAUAAAAGUUAAUUACUUCCACGACCUUAAAUCAACCCUAUCAGCUCCGACUGUCAAUAAGCAGUUGCCCUCUUAAGUGCAUACCAGAAAACACGAUGCUCCUGGGAAGCCCUGGGGAUACAAUGCAGCUGUAUCCCUCUGAGGACACAAUUUCUGCCACCAGCAGAACAAUGUCCUUGUAACAGAGUGGGCUUUUGGGGCCAGAGCUUCCGCUGUCCUGAGCGUCACAGCCUCGCACCGAAUCAGAGCCAACCAUACCCACUGGCAAGCAGCGGUCCCAGGAUCUCCAGUUCCUCAAACUGGGCUCAAAUAAUGACGGCUUCUGGAAUCUUAAUUACGUGCUGGAGGAAGGACAAUCCCUCUCUUCAGUGGUGGUAAUGGGAUUUUGUAACGAGGUAGAAAUUGCAUUAGCAGGAAGCGCUUUCCGCCAGGCAGGUUGCAAGGUGAGGGGCUUUCCAGCUAAGAGCUGCCAAUCCGCAGUGCAAACAGCCUUCCUCCCCAGCUGCAAAUUGGUUCCUGUGCCCACUGCUCUCCCAAACAGUUAACUUGGGGCUGCGAGACCAUCCUAUCUCCCUGCCCGCUCAACAAUGGUUCCAGCUAAACAAAUGCCUCCUAAUUGACUUUGAGCAACACUUGAUUGCUUUCAGAAGAAAAAAAAAAGAAAAAAAAACAACAAAAGAGGAAAACAUUGGGGUUUAUGAAAUAAUGACUAAUCCUGGAGCAAGAGAAAGGGGCUGGGUUGGAGCGCUGGUGUCAAACAGAGAGCCCCAAGACACAGGGCCAAGGCAUUCACCCCUCCCCAGCUGCCCUCAUUUCCACACCUGCUGAUCUAAGCCAAACCCCUGCUAAAAUCCAAACAAUCGGGGCCGCUGGCAAAUGAAAAUUGGAGCAUUGUCUUCCCCAAGAGGGCUCUGAAAGGGCCGCACUUAAUGAGGAUGGAUUGCCACGGAGGUGGCUUGCAGGCUAUAAAAGGCGUUCUGCAGGCUGGAGCAGCUCAGUCCGGGUGCGCUGUGAGCCCACUCCAAACACCAUGAGGGCUGUGAGCACGGAGAAGGCGUCCCGCAGGCGGGGAGCCCCGUGGCUGCCAGGUCUGCUGCUGCGUCUGCUGCUGUGGGGCUGCCCAGGGGGAUGGGCCAGCUACCUGCGCAGGUCCUCCAGCUGCACCGCCAUCCCGCGCAGCAUGGCCCUGUGCUACGACAUCGGCUACUCAGAGAUGAGGAUCCCCAACCUGCUGGAGCACGAGACCAUGCCGGAGGUGAUCCAGCAGUCCUCCAGCUGGCUGCCCUUGCUGGCCAGGGAGUGCCAUCCAGACGCCAGGAUUUUCCUCUGCUCCCUCUUCGCGCCCAUCUGCUUGGACAGGCUCAUCUACCCCUGCCGCAGCCUGUGCGAGGCUGUCAAGAGGAGCUGUGCACCCGUCAUGGCUUGUUAUGGCUAUCCCUGGCCUGAAAUCCUCAACUGCAACAAGUUCCCUGCAGACCACGAGCUGUGCAUCGCUGCCAUCUCCACAGAUGAAAGUUCCUCCAGCAGGAGAAUGCCCAGAGCCAGCUGCAAGGACUGCGAGCUGGAAGAGGCCAGCACCACCAGGGAGAUCCUGGACAACCUCUGUGCCAAUGAUUUCACCGUGAAAAUCCGAAUCCUCAGGAAGAACACGACCACAACCGUCUCGGACUUUGACCUGGAUCCCUCCAGGGUGGAGGUGCUGAAGCACGGCCCGCUUCUCAGAACCGAAAUCCCAGGCAGGCUGCAGCAGUGGCUGGAUAUAGAUGCUACCUGCGCCCACAACAUCAUGAGAGGCACUCAUGCAGGGGUCUUCGUCAUCAGCGGAGAUGUGCAGAGCGACAAAGUGGUGGUGAACAAGGCCUAUGCCUGGCAGAAGAAGAACAGGAACCUGCACCAGGCUGUGAGGAGAUGGAAACAUCACCGCUGCCCUGAACAGGCCGGCAGGAAGGUCUGAGAUCUCGAUCCUAAUGCUAAGAAAAGGCUCCCUUCCCCACGGCUAGAAAACUCCUUCCCCUGGCAGUUGGUGUUUCGGAGGUGUACAUUCAGUAUCUUUAGGUGAAUCAAAGCAGUCAUAGUCAGCAGGUAGGGCCUCACUACAGAUCCCUGCGAUCACUAAAACCCUUUUCCCGAGCCACAGCUUAGGGAUGCAGACUUAACAUACUCCUCUGGCCAGGUCCUGAAAAUCCAGGACUUAGAAUGGAUGGCUUUGUGCAGCAUCAGUGACUUGAAAUCUGCAGACGAGCACAGAUUAGAAGAGGCUGUUAAUAACAUGGGCACAGGUGAAAGGAAAGAGCCCUUCUGGAGCACACAGCGGGCAGCUGAGGAUUUCUGCUGGGGAUAACUGGGAAUGACUGUUUUUUAAGUUAAGGCAUUCAGUUCGGUUCAGAACAUUCUGGUACCUGUGGAACUACCGAGGAUACCCCCAGAGCCUGAGAGGGGUGGCAACGACACCGAAUGCCCUGCAGAUCACUCUCACCCAAACACACACGGACCACAGUCACUCUCAGAGAUGAACAGAGCCACAGCCCUACAUGAGCAGAAAGCAGAAAACAGCAAAUCCCCAAGUGAGAAAAUGAGUCGGGUUUCUACUGUCUAACAAAGCCCCAUCCAUGGAAAGUUUUCUACACUGGAUUAAACUUGAGAAUGAAAUAAAUGACAGAAAAAAAACCCCAGCCCCACCACACAGCUCUGGGGAUAAAUACGUUCUUCCCUGUGCUCAAAGCCUGCAGCCUCAGUUGUGGAGAGAACCGCCAGCUUUGAUGGAGACACAUUGCCUCCCUGUGCUCAUAAAGCACACCCACAACCCAGCCAAGACUGUCUCUUCAGAUUGAAUAUGGGCUGAGAUCAGCACUCACGGCACUCGCACUGCGACUCAGCCGCGCUCUGACAUUUGUGCAGCAAUUACUUCUAUUUCCCCGAGGCUCAGAAGAAAAACACAGUGAGGUUUCCUAUUUUUAUUCCUCCCCGCCGCCUCGUCUCACCAAGUGCCGCCCGCCCCGCAGGGCCUGCUGCCAGGUGGUCCCUGAGACAGCAGCAUCCUCUGAACAGACUGCGUUUGGAAAACACAACAAGUAAAAGCUCUGAAGGUUGAAAAAAGGCUUUGUCUGAUAUUUGUUUUCCAUUAAUGGGAUUAUUUGAUUACUGGUGUUUCCCAACUAAGAAGCGCACAGAUGGUCUGACUUACAAGCUUAGAAUGAUGUCUCAUAACCAGAGGGGGGAUAAAAAAAAAAAUAAAUAGGGCAGGGACUUUUUCAGAGCUCCAUGAAAUACACUCGGGUUCGAUGCAGAUGACUUACCCGCAUUUAAACAACAAACUGCGUGCUCCCUGCGGUGCCCAGCCCCACGCUCCAAAGCACAGGGCUCCCAUUAAGCCAUCACCCAGCUGCCCACAGCCCCACACCACCCUGCUCUGCUGAAAGCAAAGAUCACAGCGCAGCCACUUCUCCCUACUCAGGCUCUUCUGUGCUACAGCACUUCUUGUCCAGCAAAAUCCCCUUCAGGAUUUCAAGAGCCUUGCUAGUAACUUCUGGCUUUGUCUAACAGCACCCCGUUAAAUACACACCUCUGCCCAAUUUAAACAACAGAGACGCAAUAAUUAGAUUUUAAAGCAGUUAAUUUAGGUCAGUGCUGUUUGUGUAGAUAGAGAGGUCUCUGGAAUUCUUUUUAAGUCACAGUUGGCUCCUGGCAGGUCCAUCUGGGAGAUAAGAGCUGUCUUGCGAGUCGAGGUUUCUAAAUUAGGGCUUCCCUAUCAGAGGAUAAAGGAAGGUGGGAUCUGAAAUGCUGCCUGCCCAGGGCUGUCCCCAGAGCCAGCAUCAGAAGGCACAGCUUGCCCCAGAAGCUGAUAAAGGAGCCUGAGUCAUAUCAGGGGCUGCAGGAUGCCUGUGGCUGCCCUCCUGGGGGCCACCAUCAGCCCAGCAGAGCAGCAACAGUGGGGAACAGAAGGUGACAACAGGAGCAGGAAAACCACUGCCCAGCCUGUGUCAUGGGUAUGGCCACUGCAUCGAGCAGUGUGAGUGCCAGGCCUGCAUGUCACCAACCAAUGUUUGAUACAGAACCAGCUAGAAACGAGCCAUAAACACAGCAUACGUAGAAACGACAGAACAACUCCAUAUAUUUCUUGCAGGUACUUACUGCGUUAAAGCAAUUUAAUAGGGAAACGCUCUGACCUGCGCCUAGAUUUUCAGUCCGUAUGAUCGAUUCUGAAUCAGAGAACAGCUCAGGUAUUGGCAAAGCAUCUCAAGGCCCCCAGCAUCACCAGCACAGCCAACAGCUCCGCUCUGCCUUUGCAGUAACACGAAUUCUGUCACCAAAUUGACUGGAUAUUGUGGAUUUCCACAGCACAAGGCCCAUGGCAGGGGCUGCUCUCAGCCCGGGGAGCAUCGCAGCAACGCGGGGCAGGCUGCAAAGCAUCAGAGCGGACCCAUUGGAGGGCACAAGGAUGCCGACCCCGCACUGUGUCACCCCGCACUGUGUCACCCCGCACUGCCGUCCCCCCGUCCCGCUCCCAGCAGCCGGCAGGUCCCCG